GCGUAAUAUCGAAGUGUUUGACAGACAGACGUGUCCAGAAUUUCCUUCUGUCUUUGAAAAACUUCAAUCCAAACCCGAAACCAAAUCCAAACCCUUCUUCCCGUAGCCUCAUAGGCUAUGGCAGUUUAACCAGACUUGGGUUUUUUCUUGUUUCUAAUCCAAAUCCAUCACUUCUAUCCAGAACCCUCAAUUUUGCGAGCGAAAACAAAACACUUUCCCGACAAAAAAAAAAAAAAAACCAGUGCUUCAAAUAACACUGAUGCAAACAGUUUCUCAUUUUUUUCAAUUCCUUUGAUGACGAUCUUAAACGUUUGCCGGUCUCUCCGAGACUCGUCAGGCGGAGCAGUCCACCGGUACUGCCGGUGUCUUCCUUGCCUCUCCGAUCCCGCUCGGAGGUCUGCUUUGGGUUUAAAAGUUGCAUUGGUGAUGCUGCAUCUGAUAUAUGCUGGUGUUCUUUUUCUGUUUGAUGGAGGUUUGAUAGAGAAGACUAAAAGAGAACCAUGGUAUACAGGAACAUAUUUGGCUCUUUAUGUCAUUACAUUGGUUCAAUACUUCGUUACUUCCGGUUCUUCUCCUGGCUAUGUCAUUGAUGCAAUGAGGACUGUGAAUGAGGCGAAUUCAAUAUUUAGAAAGACAGCAACAGUAUCAAAACAGCCUGCUUCAAGCAAAGGAAGCGUGGUUGUGACAGUGGAAGGCAGUCAGUUGGGAAGACCUCUUCUUAAAGAUAGUGGAACACCUUGGAGCAAACUUGUGUUGGACUUGUAUCCUCCCGGAACAUCUGUUAGAAGUUUGACUUGCUCCUACUGUAAUGUUGAGCAGCCUCCGAGAUCAAAGCAUUGUCAUGAUUGUGACAGAUGUGUUCUUCAGUUUGAUCACCAUUGUGUUUGGCUUGGAACAUGCAUUGGUGUGGGUAAUCAUUGUAAAUUUUGGUGGUACAUUUGUGAAGAGACUGCAUUGUGCCUCUGGACUGGCAUCCAGUAUAUCACAUACCUGAAGAGUAAUAUAUUAAGCGCUUGGUGGAAGGAUGCAAUCAUGAUUGUGCUGUUGGUUACCUUAUCGAUUUCCCUGAUCUUUCUCCUCCUCUUGCUACUUUUUCACAGCUAUCUUAUUCUGACCAAUCAAACUACCUAUGAGCUUGUAAGACGUAGACGGAUCACAUAUUUAAGGGGAAUACCUGAAAGAGUUUAUCCUUUCAGUAAAGGAGCAUGCAGAAAUUUAUACGAGUUUUGCUGUCUUCCAAGCAGUAAAUACAGAUUGGAAUCAUUACCAACAGCUCUGGAACUUGAAGAAAAAUCAAGACCUUACACAUGUACGGAUGUUGUAACGUGUCGUUGUUGCUGACACUGAAAUUGUAUCAUUAAUUUUUAUUAUUUUUUCUUUCACCUGAUGUUUAUUGAGAGCUCCAUCCGGAGGCAUAUCUGCAUUUAUUUGUUUAGAUAGCCCCGAAAUAUGGCAACCACGGAAGUUUGGGUUGAAACUGGUUGAUGGCUGAUAGUUUGUACUUCGUUAGAGGCUAGAUCUUUAGGCUUGUUAUACAGUCGGUUUUUGACCUCAUGGUCUUUGCUGGGUGAAAGAUUCAAAAUGUUUGUGCCAGUUUAUACAGCAGAGAACAAUUCCCAUUAA